AUGGCUGGACCUCGAAUUCUUGUGCAGUUUCCCAACCAGGAUAAUCAACUAGAUCUCAUGCAUUUCAACUUCCUUGGUAUGCCUGAAUUGGAACUCGAUGGUAUAAUGCGUACUAUAACCAAUUCCUUUGAACAAAUCAAUCGAAAAUACCGGGAAACGAAGAGAUAUCACCAAAUUAUGAAAAGAUUUCAGAUUUCUAGACGUAUCGAAAAGGAUUGUCAGGAAUUCUUUCGUAUACGAUACUCUGAAACAGUCUUAGAAGAUGCAGAUAUUCAGGAUUUCAUAAAAAAACUACCUUCUGGUUCAUUUCUUCAAAUUGCUCUCAGAUUGACUUUGAAUGAUUUACGGGGAAUCCGGCGUUAUCAUCUCAAUGAUAUUGCACAAUACCUUUUACCUUUCAAAGUUAUUUCCAACAAACAUCAUACAAAGAUAUUAAGAGAUUUACCUGAAUACAAGCAUUUCUUAUCCGAAACAAGUACAUCUCUCCCUGAUUUAUCGAAUUAUCUCGAAGAAUCCAACAUUGCACAAAUCCCCACUAGGUCAUUGUCUACCAGUGUCGAUGUUCUCCUGCCACCUUCGCUUUCCAACUCCAGCAUCAUUGUUGCUCCGGCCCUGCCUUCAAUGGUUUUACCAUAUCUCACACCCUCAAAACGCCAGAGACUGGAAGGUUCAUCUAUAACCCCUAUAUCCCAACAACACAAUGGCACUAAGGAGUCGGUCCUCACGAUAUCUAGCAUUGUCAAACCGACAACAACAUAA